AUGUAUAUACCCCACUCUGUAGUUCUCGGUGCAUCGGGUGAUUUAGCCAAGAAAAAGACCUAUCCAGCCCUAUUCGGCCUGUUCCGUAAUGGUUUCUUACCCGAAAACACACACAUUAUCGGCUACGCACGUACCAAGAUGACACACCAAGAUUACUUGGCUCGCGUAACACAGUAUAUCAAGGCUCCUGAUGAUGAAACAAAGCAACUGUUGGAGGACUUCACGCAGAUCACGAGCUAUCGAUCGGGCCUGUACGACGAUGAUGCAUCAUGGCAGGCAUUGGAUGAGUGUAUCCGUGCUAGCGAGGCAAAGCGUCAGCUCGGUUCUGGACGAAAACAUCGUGUUUUUUACAUGGCUUUGCCUCCUUCCGUGUUUGUGCCAGUUGCUGAAGGGCUAAAGAAGAAUGCAUAUGCCCAGGACGGCUUGACCCGGUUGGUCGUCGAAAAGCCGUUUGGCAUGGAUACCCAAAGCUCGAAUCAGUUAGGUCGUGAAUUGGGCGCAUUGUUCAAGGAAGAUGAGAUCUAUCGUAUCGAUCAUUAUCUCGGCAAGGAAAUGGUCAAGAACGUCAUGAUGGUGCGAUUUGCCAAUAUCUUUUUCAACCAGAUCUGGGAUCGCAAGUACAUUGAUAAUGUGCAAAUCACAUUCAAGGAAACGAUUGGCACCGAGGGCCGUGGUGGCUACUUUGAUGAAUUUGGUGUCAUUCGCGACGUUAUGCAAAAUCAUCUUCUCCAGGUACUGUCCCUGAUUGCCAUGGAACGACCCAUAUCCACCGAAUCUGAGGCGAUUCGUGACGAAAAAGUCAAGGUUUUGAAAUGCAUUCCACCCAUUGUUCUGGAAGAUGCCCUGCUGGGUCAAUACGUGGGCGCCAAUGGCAAGCCUGGUUAUCUUGAGGACGAUACUCUGAAAAACAAGCAAAGCCGCACCCCGACAUUUGCAGCUCUCACCCUGUGGAUCCAAAACGAGCGAUGGGAAGGAGUUCCCUUUAUCAUGAAGGCGGGUAAGGCACUAAACGACGCCAAAGUUGAAGUCCGCAUUCAAUUCCGAAAUGUUGCCGGCAGCUUGUACAAGGGCUCUCCGCGCAACGAACUAGUGUUGCGAGUGCAGCCUGGCGAGGCCGUCUAUGUCAAGUUCAACAACAAACAGCCCGGAUUGUCGUACCAGACCAUCCAGAGUGAUUUGGAUCUGACUUAUGACAGCCGCUAUAGCAACAUGAAGAUUCCAGAUGCAUAUGAAUCGCUUAUACUGGAUGUGCUUCGAGCUGAUCAUUCGAACUUUGUGCGUGAUGACGAGCUGGAGGCGGCAUGGAAGAUUUUCACCCCGCUGCUGCACACGAUUGAUAACCCUACCGCAAAGGUCCCCAUCACGACCUAUCCCUAUGGUUCCAGAGGUCCUGCGGAAUUGGAUGGCUUUGUGCGCAGAUAUGGCUAUGACCGCUCUGAUGAGAACUACGACUGGCCUGUUCAAAGCUUGUCGUCCACAUCCGAAUCUGCACCUCCACCGCCCAGACUUUAG